AAGAUAGCCAGGGCUACUCAGAGAAACCCUGUCUUCAAAAACCAAAUAAACGAAUGAAUAAGCGCCAGAGUAUGUGUGAUGAUCAGAGAACUUGCUGGAGUCUGUUCUCUCUCUUCACCCAGUGGGGCGCUGGGAUUUUCAUGUCCACUGCUUCUGGUCUUGAAGGGCAGGGAGAAAGCCCGCUCCUUCUCCUGCUCCCUACGUGGGUGGUCUCUAGGAAGUGGAGUGCUGAGUGUUCCCAUGUGAUAGUGUCCGAAGUCCUCGACACACCUCUACAACCACUGAAGACUCUGUCUGAAACCUGCCUGGCAGUCCUUGGCAGAGGGUGUCACCCAGCCCGCGGCAGGCGGGGAGGAGCCUCAGAGGGGAGGUGUCGAGCCGCGCUUCCGGCGGGCAGCACUGGGGCUGUGUGGAGUCCCGCCUCGCCGCCCCUCGAGCGCCCCCAGCUUCGCUGCUGGCCGGAACCUGCACCCCAAACCAGGAAGCACCUGGCGGCGGGCGCGGGAUGGCUGGGUCCGGCUGGGGUCUCCCUCGGCUGGACGGUUUCAUCCUUACCGAGCGCCUGGGCAGUGGCACGUACGCCACGGUGUACAAGGCCUACGCCAAGAAGGCUACUCGGGAAGUGGUAGCCAUAAAAUGCGUGGCCAAGAAAAGUCUCAACAAGGCGUCAGUGGAAAACCUCCUGACUGAGAUUGAGAUCCUCAAGGGCAUUCGGCACCCCCAUAUCGUGCAGCUGAAAGACUUCCAGUGGGACAAUGACAAUAUCUACCUCAUCAUGGAGUUCUGUGCAGGGGGUGACCUGUCUCGCUUCAUCCAUACCCGCAGGAUCCUGCCUGAGAAGGUGGCCCGUGUUUUCAUGCAGCAGUUGGCUAGUGCCCUGCAGUUCCUGCAUGAACGAAACAUCUCUCACUUGGAUCUGAAGCCGCAGAACAUCCUGCUGAGUUCUUUGGAGAAGCCCCACCUGAAACUGGCAGACUUUGGCUUUGCCCAGCAUAUGUCCCCGUGGGAUGAGAAACAUGUGCUUCGCGGCUCCCCGCUCUACAUGGCUCCUGAGAUGGUGUGUCGGCGGCAGUAUGACGCGCGUGUGGACCUCUGGUCUGUGGGGGUCAUCCUGUACGAAGCCCUCUUUGGGCAGCCUCCCUUUGCCUCCAGAUCGUUCUCAGAGCUAGAAGAGAAGAUUCGCAGCAAUCGGGUUAUUGAGCUCCCUCUUCGGCCCCAACUCUCCCUAGACUGCCGGGACCUGUUGCAGCGACUUCUAGAGCGGGACCCCAGCCGUCGAAUCUCCUUUCAGGACUUCUUUGCCCACCCCUGGGUGGACCUGGAGCACAUGCCCAGUGGGGAGAGCCUGGCACAAGCAACAGCCCUUGUGGUGGAGGCUGUGAAGAAGGACCAGGAGGGGGACGCUGCUGCUGCCCUGUUGCUCUACUGCAAGGCCCUGGACUUCUUUGUACCUGCACUACACUACGAAGUGGAUGCCCAGAGGAAAGAAGCGAUUAAGGCGAAGGUGGGGCAGUAUGUGUCCAGGGCAGAGGAGCUCAAAGCCAUUGUCUCCUCCUCCAAUCAGGCCCUGCUAAGGCAGGGCACAACUGGCCAAGAGCUGCUACGAGAGAUGGCCCGUGACAAGCCACGCCUCCUAGCUGCCCUGGAAGUGGCCUCAGCUGCCAUGGCCAAGGAGGAGGAAGCUGGCAAAGAGCAGGAUGCCCUGGACCUGUACCAGCACAGCCUCGGGGAGCUGCUACUGCUGUUGGCAGCAGAAGCCCCAGGCCGAAGGCGGGAGCUCCUUCAUACUGAGGUUCAGAACCUCAUGGCUCGAGCUGAAUACCUGAAGGAGCAGAUCAAGAUCAGGGAAUCUCACUGGGAAGCAGAGAGUCUGGACAAAGAGGGGCUGUCGGAGUCUGUUCGUAGUUCUUGCACACUGCAGUGACUCCAGAACCUGUGCAUGGAACACGAACCUAGAGAGAAGCUUCGUACCAAGCCAGGUUGACGCCUGUGCACCUGGGACCACUGGAUGAGCACCUCCCACAUCCUAGUUCCCAGCAUUCCUCAGUGUUCUCCACCCUUGGGGCAUCUGGUGGCAGGUGUACUAAACUCUGGGAGAAUUACUUUAAUAUGACUUUGUCAUUAGGUGAUGGCUGACCUAAGCCUGUUAGCUUUAGGACACCAUCACCCUGUUGUUUUGUUCUGCAAAGAGGGCAUCAUAUCUCUUCAGGACACUUCAGUUCCUUCCCUACUACCAAGCAGCUGCUGUACCUGGGCCAACCCUUCCUGGGAACCUGUAUUCCAACCCUACUUUCUUCUUGCACUGGAAUGGGACACUCUGAUACCCUCAGGGACUACCUACCCUACAGUAUGCACUCAGCCCCGCAGACUCCAGUCUUCCUGGGAGCUCACAGCC